AUGGAGCCCGUCUCCCUGAAGGUGGCGCUGUUCGCCCACAACUCGGCGGCCGGAGCGGAAGCCGCGGCCGGCGACCGUCGGCUGGAGGGCCUCGAGUUCCUCUCGCAGGAACAGCUGUUCUUCGCGGCCGCGUGCUUCACCCGCUGUGCCGGCAGCGGCCGCUUGCCAGAGCGAAACUUCUUGGCGAAGUCCCGCGGUACCGGAACCACCAGAGCCACGGCGCCGAAACAGCGGACCGAGGAGGAGACAGACGCACUCAGAAAACUCAACGAAUUCGCUCACGCCGCACCUCCGUCCACUGCGCAUUCGCCGUCGCCGUACGAAGAAAGACGCCGGUGGCGUGGCAGGUGUGCGGGACUCGCCGUCGUUCUGCUGGGCGUCGCCGUCCUCACCGUCGCCUUAGCGCUGCUCCUGCCGUCGCGCGCGGCGAUCGGCAGCGCCAAUGCCGGAGUGUGCGUCACGACAGGGUGCGUGGACCACGCGGAGAACCUGGGCCUUUACCGCAAAGGGAGCGCCAUCGGACCCUGCGAUGACUUCGGCAAGUUCGUCUGUUCCCACUGGGUCGUAAACGGUAUCAAGGUAGUGCCGUCGGUGACCAUCUAUCGCAUGGGCAAGUGGCUGUACGAUCUGGCGCGCUCCCGAUGGUACGAGGCCACCGGCAACAGAGUCGCGGCGAGGGUGACGCGUCUCGUAGACGCCUGCAUGCAUCGGGAAUCCCAGACCGGCAACCACCACGACGACGGCGUCCAGCAGCUCUUCGCCUUCAUGACCGAAAAACUCUUCCCGUGGAUGCUGCACGACACCAACAGCAGCGGCGACAGCGAUCGGAUACGAAACGACGGCCACCGGAUACGAGACGAGGGCGACUACGCCUUCACGCUUGCGACCAUCGUCAAUAUGUCCGUGGUCUGGUAUGUGCCGCUCUGGUUUACCGUCGACCUAGUGAGGCCCUCGCUGGGACACGGCGCCUCGCCGCCGCACCGUUCCGUGAGCAUCAGCUCGACGGACGUGGUCGACAUCGCGCAGCGAGUACACCUAGAGGUCGAAGCGUACAAGCUCUACGAUGCGUACGUCUCACUCUUGCUGGACGUCGUCUUCCGCGGAGGCGAGUUCGCGCCAGACUUCCGUUCCUUCCUACGCAACAGAAGCGCCGAAGUCCAGCGCGACGUCUUGGGAAAUCUGUCGUCGAGCUUCGUCGCCAGCCGCGUCGAGCCCCGCUUCCUCCAAAUGCGCCACCUGCCGGCGCUGGUGCCGAAGCUCGACGCUCGCGACUGGGUCGACGCGAUGCAGUCCGCGUUCGGGGCGAACCCGCUGCUCACCGAGGAUGACACGCUGUUCUUGACCGACUCCGGGCUCCUGGACGCCGUGAACGUCCUCUUCGCUUCGUACACGGCCCGGGAAUUGACGUUUCACACGGCGUGGUGGUUCGUCCAGGUCAUCUCCGCCGUAACCAGCGACACGAUGCGCACGUUCUUCAUGGGGAACAAGGUGGGCGAGGAAGCCUACCCUUUAGUCUGCGGAGCCCACACCGCCAUGGCGUACAGCGUGCUGCUCGCCGGCGUCGACCACGGCACCGGCACAGCCUCCGCGAACCCGAGGUUGCCGGUGACGCAGCUCUUGAGCAACGUCCACGAGACGGCAGUCGGGAAGGUUCGGACCUGGACGAGCGCGUUGGGUUCCCAGGCGAUCGGCGCUGUCAGCUCGCGCCUAGGCAGCACCACAACCGUGGUGUGGCCCAAAGCGAAGCAGAACGAGAGCGAGGGCGCCUGGUGGGGGGAGGCACUGUACGGUCCCGACUACGACAACGCGACGCGGGGCUUCUUCGGGCACUGGGCCGAGAUUCGACGGCGAUUGCGGGCGUCUCUGAACACCGAUGCCUACCAAUCCAGCCUCCGCGUGUUCCGAUUACAGUCGUCCAACGUGGCUACGUACGACGCCGUCUCGAACGCGAUUUCCGUCGGCGUCCAAGCAGUCACUGGGCCCUUCUAUGCGGCGGACGGGACGAGUGCCAUGAAUUACGGUGGCCUGGGCUUUCUCUAUGCCUUGCAGGUGGUGCGAACCAUCAAUACACUGACGCUCCUGCUCGACGGAGACCGUACGCCGUCGGCUUGGGUUCCUCCAACCAACGAUACCGACGCCAGCGGGGCUCCAGGGCAGCCACUGUGGAAGCUUGGCACGUGCCCUUCCUCUGACGCGUCCGACCACGUGACGUCGCUCUACCCCGUACUUCCGGCACUGGAAAUCGCGCACGACGCCUACAGGCGGUUCCGAAACGUCGCGCAGGACGUGCCCCUCCGGGGACUGGAGGCCUACAGCGCCGAACAGGUCUUCUUCCUGACGGCCUGUCACGUGACUUGCUGGACGAACAGCUCGGGGCACCGCAUGUCGCCGGAGUGCACCGACGCCAUGAGCAACUUCGCGCCGUUCGGCGAUGCCUUCGGCUGUCCGGCCGGUUCGCCCAUGAACCCGCGCGAGAGGUGCCGGUUUUUUUGAAGUGCCCGCGCGAUCUCUUAUACGAUCGAAGCGAAGUCGAAAAAUACUUCACAUCGCUUUCUUUUUCUUUCAUUCUUGCUUUUUGUUAACGUCCUGCUAUGUUGUUCCCGCUUCAGCUUUUUUGCUCGUUUAUCGUUUUUUUAUAUAUCGGGACUCGGCGAAGCAGCUGCCACGACACAAACUAUCCGCGUAUUGAAGAUAGUAUUUUAACAAACCAUACAGUGAAAACUCUACGCCAUUGCUGUAGUCCCGACACAAGGCUGCUGUAAGGGUCCUCGGCAGAUGUUUUUUACAGCGAAAGUACCUCUAGCACGCAUAACAUGCAUAACCCUCGUGCGUAUACCAUGCAGUUGUGCAAGGGUGCGAAUUGUCAUCGGUAGCAAUCAUCGUAAUGAUAAUCAUUGUUAUAGUUUUCAUCACAGUUAAUUUAGCGAGGUUCUCAGAAUAAGUACGGUUCGUCAUCAGUCAUCGUGUUUUGUCGUGUUUUUAGACUGCACAUCUUCGGGAUCAGCCUGCGACAGAGGUUAGAAACAGCUGAUUUUGGAAAGAUACUACCGCACUGCUGCCGGUCCUUGGGAAAUUUCCCUAGAUCUGGCGAUGUGAGGCCUUGUUUACGAAGAUGUUUCCUAAUCGAGGGAACACUUGUUCUAGGACGUGGAGGACACAUAGACGUGCGAAAGCAGAUCUGCGAUGCCGCGAUGACCCAUACGAGGAACUGCUGACGUCACGCUGUGUUUUAAUUUCAGUCAGCGCAAAUCACCUUCGCAUUGGCACGCGAAGUAUGACUUGUGGCCGCACCGCGGUGCAGUGAGCGCCUCCCGCCAUGUAAACAAGGAGGUUCGCUAAUGAAGCAACGAUAUGUACUGUUGACUUGUGCGUCUCUUUAAAAUAUUUACCUGUAACCGGCAAAACAAACGUAUGCUGCUAUACCAAACGAAGCAGCACGUGCGAAUCUCGCCAUAAGCAGACACAACUCUAAGCCCGACAAAGCGGUCGAGGCUUUGCGCACAGCCGCCUAUUCAUGCACCCGGUACCGUUCAUGGGCUGCAGAGCAACUUGCUACAGAGUCACAUUGUAUAAGCACAGUGGUCACGUGUCUACGUCAGUUUCAGCCUGGAUAAAGGAACAAUAGGACGUGUAGAAGGAUGUUCGAAUAGGACGUGUACCUCCGUGGUUCGCUCCAAAUUACUUGUAAGCGCGUAAGCAUGGUUGUACUACG